UUCCACAAUCAUUAAUUUGGCGUAUAGUCUAUUUAUCAUUAACCGAACAUACAAUCAUACAACCCAAAAAACAAAAGAAAAAGAAAGAAAAAAAAUGCUUCAUAAUGUUGUAGAUGCAUUAGUUCCAGAUGAAGUACAUGGAAAUAGCAGGAAAAAGAAGGAGAUAAUAAAGGGUAGAGUAGUUUUGAUGAAGAAGAAUGUGUUGGAUUUCAAUGAUUUUAGUGCAUCCAUUGUUGACAGAUUUGAUGAGUUGAUUGGAAAUAAAGUGUCCAUUCAACUUGUUAGUUCUAUCAAUCAAGAUCCAGAUGAGAAUUUAAAAGGAAAACUUGGAAAGCCCUCAUACUUGAGUGGUUGGCUUACAAAUAUCAGUGGAUUAACUCCUGGAGAUUCAGCAUUUAAAAUCACGUUUGAUUGGGAUAAUGAAAUUGGUGUUCCUGGUGCAAUAAUUGUUAAAAAUGAGCAUCAUAAUCAGUUCUAUCUCAAAUCUGUUACCUUAGAAGACAUCCCUGAUGUUGGUGAACUACAUUUUGUUUGCCAUUCAUGGAUUUAUCCAUCUCAUCGUUACACCAAACAUCGCAUUUUCUUCACCAAUAAGACUUAUCUACCUCACCAAACGCCAAAAACUUUGAUCAAGUACAGAGAAGAAGAGUUGGAGACAUUGAGAGGAAACGGAGAAGGGAAGUUAGAAGAAUGGGAUCGAGUUUAUGACUAUGCAUACUACAACGAUCUAGGAGAUCCUGAUAAAGGUCCAGAGUAUGCUCGUCCUGUACUAGGUGGAUCUGCUAAAAAUCCUUAUCCUCGACGAGUAAGGACAGGCCGCCCCUCAUCAAAAACAGAUCCUAACACUGAGAGUAGGCUUCCACUGCUGAAAGGACUAGACAUAUAUGUUCCAAGAGACGAGAAAUUUGGGCACCUGAAGAUGUCUGAUUUCCUUGGUUACGCGCUUAAGUCAUUGUCUCAGGAUUUCGUUGUAGCUCUAGAAUCGGUUUUUGACAAGACUCCGAAUGACUUCGAUAGUUUUGAAGAUGUAGUAGAGCUAUAUGAAGGAGGAAUCAAGCUGCCAGAUGGGGAUCUCAUUACAAAGUUAACAGAAAGUAUUCCAUUUGAAUUCCUUAAAGCUUUACUUCAAACCGAUGGUGCACCACUUCUGAAACUCCCCAUGCCUGAUGUAAUCAAAGAGGAUAAAUCAGCUUGGAGGACUGAUGAAGAAUUUGCAAGGGAAAUGCUAGCUGGGGUUAAUCCUCUUGUCAUUUGUCGUCUUGAGCAAUUUCCUCCUGUUAGCAAGCUUGAUCCUAAAACAUAUGGAAAUCAAAACAGCUCAAUCACCAAAGCUCAAAUUGAGAAAAACCUCGGUGGUUUAAGCGUCGAUGAGGCAAUCAAGAAAAACAAGCUAUACAUAUUGGAUCACCAUGACAUUUUGAUGCCUUAUGUGAGGCGAAUAAAUUCCACUCCUAGAAAGAUAUAUGCUACAAGAACAAUUCUGUUCUUACAAGAUGAUGGUACUUUGAGGCCUUUAGCAAUUGAGCUGAGCUUACCACAUCCUGAAGGCGAUCAAUUGGGCACGAUUAGUAAGGUUUUUACACCAGCAAAUGAAGGUGUUGAAGGCUCGGUUUGGCAGCUAGCCAAAGCUUAUGUUUCCGUAAAUGAUUCUGGUUACCAUCAACUCAUUAGCCACUGGAUGAAAACUCAUGCAGUGAUAGAACCAUUCGGAAUAGCAACAUAUAGGCAACUUAGUGUACUUCAUCCAAUUCAUAAACUAUUGCAUCCUCAUUUCCGAUACACCAUGAAUAUUAAUGGAGUAGCAAGACAAAUACUUCUUAAUGCUGAUGGAUUACUUGAGAAAACUGUGUUUCCGGGGAUGUAUUCUAUGGAAUUGUCAUCUGCAGCUUACAAGAGUUGGAUUUUCACUGAACAAGCUGUUCCUAGGGAUCUUGUUAAGAGGGGAAUGGCUGUGAGAGAUUCAGAAAGCCCACAUGGCUAUAAACUACUAAUAGAGGACUACCCAUAUGCUGUUGAUGCACUAGACAUUUGGUCAGCAAUUGAGAGUUGGGUCAAAGAGUAUUGCUCAUUUUACUACAAAUCUGAUGACAUGAUCUCUAAUGACGCUGAACUACAAUCAUGGUGGAAGGAAAUUCGAGAAAAGGGUCAUGGUGAUAAGAAAGACGAAAAAUGGUGGCCAGAAAUGAAAACAUUUGAUGAACUAACAGAAACUUGCACAACUAUUAUAUGGGUUGCUUCUGCACUUCAUGCAGCAGUGAAUUUUGGGCAGUACCCUUAUGCAGGGUACCACCCGAAUCGCCCAACUAUAAGUCGAAGGUUGAUGCCUGAGCCAAAUACACCUGAGUAUGAAGAGCUUAAGGAAAAACCUGAUACUGUGUUUCUAAAGACAAUUUCAAGCAAGUUUCAAAAUGUGCUUGGGAUUUCACUCAUUGAGCUAUUAUCUAGACAUUCUUCUGAUGAGGUUUAUUUAGGGAAAAGAGAGACCGUUAAAUGGACUGAUGAUAGUGCAGCACUAGAAGCAUUUGAGAGAUUUGGAAAAAAUGUAGAAGAAAUUGAAGAUAAGAUUGUAGAAAAGAACAAAGAAGGGGAAUUGAAGAAUAGAGUGGGUCCAGUUAAGUUGCCCUACACUUUGCUUUACCCUUCUAGUGAUGGAGGACUCACUGGCAGAGGAAUUCCUAACAGUACAUCUAUCUGAACCUUUUAUUUCCCUUGUGAAUUACUAAUUUACUUGUAUGAAAGUUGUAUAAAAUUAAUUUACCUAUUACUAUAUUAUCAAUUUACCAUCCCAUCAAUAUAUUAUUAUGUAAAAUGUAAAUAAAUACUCCAUCAGUCCCUUUAAAAUAUAUAGUACUGUUUAAUUUAA